GUAAUACAAUUAUCCAAUAUCUGUAAGGAUAAUAGCGUUGCUGAGAAAAGUGAGCCGGAUUUACUACUCCACUAUUUCCUCUGUGGCGGCUUCGUUUGAGGUUGAGAGAAACUGCUAUACUGAGGAAGAUAAAGGGAGUUAUCAGUGGUGAGGAUAAAUCAAGACAGGGUUUUUGCUUGCUUAAGCAAUAAGAACCUGUGUGUUGAAUCCAUCCACCAGGUAUUCACUCUUUGAAUUGCUUGUUGCUUUCAUUUCAUUCAUUAUUUUAAUGAGCGCAAUGUACUCAAAUCUAGCAAAGGGCCAAUUAUUUCCCUUGGCUACCAGGGUUUCUUUAAAACCUAGAUGUCUAAAACCCCAGUUUUUACCAAUUGGGUGUCAUUCAAAACCCUCACUAAACCCUCUAUGUGCCCACUUCACAACACUUUCACAUGGUUUUGGCCACAAAGCACAUAAAGUUCGCAACUUUGUGAGACCAACAAAAACUAAUGCUGGAUUCCAGUGGAAGGACAUGGAAAUGGGAGGGAUAGCUAGAGCCAGAAGUAUUUCAGGAGGGUUUAGAAUUAAAACUGUUGUGCAUUGUUCCGCUAGAAGUUUCUCUAGAUCGUUUUCGCAGAGAGUCGAUGAAGGGAGUGGUGUGGUUAGAGUUGGAAAGUCACUUCCUUGGUUGAAUUCUAAGAAAGUUAAAGAAGCAAAAGGGUUGGAGAUUGGGGCAAGUGGAAAGAAUAGUAAUUCUUAUUGGGGGGAGUCUGUGAAAAGAUUGGAGAAAGUUAGUGGUGACUCUUCCUCUGUGAAAAGAUUGGAGAAAGUUAGUGGUGACUCUUCCUGGGUGAAUUCGAGGAAAAGGUUAGAGAAAGGAACUGUUGCAGAAACAGGUUACUCAUCUUGGGAGGAGUCCAAGAAAAGGUUAGAAGAAGUGGCUGUCGGAAAAACUGAUCGAUCUUCUUGGGAGGACAUAGCAGAAGCUGCAUCUGGGAGAGAGAAUAUUCACAAGGUGUGGAAUAAAGAAAGUACAAGGAGAAUGGUGGGUGCUGCUAAGAACAAGCCAAGUGGUUAUGGUUACAAUGAAAGGGAAGAUGGUGUUGAAGGAGGAGAAGCAGAAGAGGAUCUGGAGGUUGUUGAUGAUCCAAGAUGGGAUAAGAUCAAAAGUAGGUUCAGAGGAAGGGUGGGUGCGAGAGGCCAGACUGAGAAACCUGAUUUUCAAAGGUGGAAUAGGCAGGACAAUUGGGGUAGAAAGACAUGGAAAGAGGCUACAGAAUUUACUGUUCCUAAGAUUGUUGGUGAAGGGGUUUUUGGGUUGGGUCCUGUUUUGGCUGCAUUAUCAGCUGGAAGAAGAGAAUUCUAUGCAUUGUAUAUUCAAGAAGGGUUGGAUUUGAGUGGCAAUAAUAGGAAGAGGAAGGACAAGAAAGGGUUUGAGAAAGUGUUGAGGAUGGCUAAGAAAAUUGGGUUAAGCACAAAGGAAGUUUCAAAGCAUGACCUUAAUAUGAUUGUUGAUAAUCGCCCCCAUCAAGGCCUUGUUCUUGAUGCAUCUCCGUUGGAGAUGGUGAAAAUACAGGAAUUAGAUGCAGUUUUACCUGAUGAAGAAAAGGGUUCUCUUUGGAUAGCCUUGGAUGAGGUUACAGAUCCUCAGAAUCUGGGGGCAAUUAUCAGGUCUGCUUACUUCUUUGGGGCGUCAGGGGUGGUGCUAUGUGCAAAAAAUUCUGCUCCAUUGAGUGGAGUUGUGAGCAAAGCAAGUGCAGGUUCACUUGAACUAAUGGAGCUUAGGUAUUGCAAAAAUAUGAUGCAAUUCCUGGUUUCAUCAGCUGAAAAUGGAUGGCGAGUUCUUGGUGGUUCUGUUUCUUCAAAAGCUGUUUCUCUGAGUGAGGUUUUGCCUGGUCAACCCACAAUCCUUGUUUUGGGCAGUGAGGGCACUGGUUUGAGGCCAUUGGUGGAGAGAUCAUGUACUCAAUUAGUUCGAAUCCCUGGAAAUAUUCCUGUUGAUGUAACUGUGGGAGGAGGUGAUGAAGUGAAAGAUGAAGAAAUAAAUCUUGAGUGCUCGAGUGCAGAGUUCCGAUCCUUUUUGGCCGUGGAGAGCUUGAAUGUCAGUGUUGCAGCUGGUGUGCUUCUUCACCAUUUAAUUGGAAACAACAAUGAGAAUCGCAGCAUAGGUCAUACUUCAACAGUCGUACUGGAAUGACUUUUCAUGGAUUUUUUGCAUGACAAGCUAAAUUUCAGUUACAAAGAAACUAGUUGCUUUCUCCUUCCCUCUUGGUGUUAUAUAGGAGCUGCAAUUUUAUCAGCGUUGUUCAGAUUUCUUUGAUGAUGAAGCUAGAUUAAAAGUAUAUUAUUCUCUGGCAUUUUGAAACCAUCAAACAUGCAUGGAAGCACUUCUACUUUCGUAUCUCCAAUUGCAAUAGCAAGAGUUUUAAUGGCCAUGGAAUCAAGUUCUUUUUGUCCUGUCAGUAA